AUGUCUGAGAAGACCGAAAGGAAGAAAGAAUUUUUACCUCAAGGUAAAUAUUUGAAACCUGAUGAAAUCGAAUAUGAAUUCGGUGGUGUUCCAGGUGUUAUCGGGAUGCUGAUUGGGUUCCCAGCAUUGAUGUAUUAUAUGUGGAUAUGUGCAGAAUUUUAUGAUGGUCAAAUCGCUUUACCAAAGGCCAACGAAACUUGGUCACAUUUUAUCUCUACAUUAUACGAUAUAAUCAUUAAACAUGCGGCACCAACUCGCUACAUUUGGACUGUCUUCAUGACAUUUUGGUUAUUUCAAAUCGUCUUUUAUUAUACUCUACCAGGUAUUUGGACGAAAGGUCAACCUUUAACUCAUUUGAAAGGGAAGCAACUACCUUAUUAUUGUAACGCCAUGUGGACACUUUAUGUAAGCACCGCAUUGGUUCUAACGCUGCAUUUCACCGGUAUUUUCAAAUUGUACACUAUCAUUGAUAAUUUUGGCCAAAUCAUGACAUGUGCUAUAAUCUCUGGGUUUUCAUUUUCUAUCGGGUUAUACCUAUGGACUUUGUUCAUCAGCGGAGAUUACCAUCGUAUGACUGGGAACCAUCUAUACGAUUUCUUCAUGGGUGCACCAUUGAAUCCACGUUGGGGGAUUCUGGAUUUGAAGAUGUUCUUCGAAGUAAGAUUGCCUUGGUUCACUCUAUAUUUCAUUACCUUGGGUGCGUGUUUGAAACAAUACGAGACAUACGGUUACAUUUCACCUCAAUUGGGUGUAGUCAUGCUCGCUCAUUGGCUUUAUGCAAACGCCUGCGCUAAAGGUGAAGAAUUGAUUGUUCCAACUUGGGACAUGGCUUAUGAAAAGUUCGGAUUCAUGUUGAUCUUCUGGAAUAUUGCAGGUGUGCCAUACACUUACUGUCAUUGUACUUUAUAUCUGUAUUACCAUGACCCAUCACAAUACCAAUGGUCCUGGCAAUACAACCUGGCAUUGUAUGUAGUGCUGCUGAGUGCUUAUUAUUUCUUCGAUACUACUAAUGCGCAAAAGAAUUCUUUCAGAAAACAAAUGUCUGGGGAUAAGACUGUUCGUAAGACUUUCCCAUUCCUACCAUAUCAAAUAUUGAAGGAUCCAAAAUAUAUCACUACAAAGGAUGGCUCAUAUUUAUUGAUCGAUGGAUGGUACACUUGGGCUCGUAAGAUUCAUUACACAGCCGAUUGGACCCAAUCCUUGAUCUGGGCAUUGUCCUGUGGAUUCAAUUCUCCUUUCCCAUGGUUCUUCCCAGUCUUUUUCUUUAUUGUAUUGACUCAUAGAGCAGCAAGAGAUACAGCUAAAUGUAAGAAGAAGUACGGUGCCGAUUGGGAUGAAUACGUUAAACAUUGUCCAUACUUGUUCAUACCAUAUGUCUUUUAA